AUGUCUUCGCUCUCCCGCCGAGCUUGCUACAAGUGUGGCAACGUUGGCCACUACGCCGAGGUCUGUUCUUCUGCUGAGCGUCUUUGCUACAACUGUAUGUAUAUUCUCCUCCCAAAUGUGUUCUUGUCUGACUCUUAUCCUCCAGGCCAUGAGUCCAACGGCUGCCCUCUUCCCCGCACCACCGAGGCCAAGCAGUGCUACCACUGCCAGGGUCUUGGCCACGUCCAAGCUGACUGCCCAACUCUGAGGCUCAGUGGAACUGGCGCCAGCGGGCGCUGCUAUAACUGCGGCCAGCCCGGCCACUUGGCUCGCGCAUGCCCCAACCCCGUUGGUCCCGGGGCUCUGGGCCGAGGUGCUCCCAUCCCUCGCGGCGGUGGCUACCCUGGUGCCUACGGCGGCCGUGGUGGUUUCGCCGGCGGUCCUCGCCCUGCCACUUGCUACAAGUGCGGUGGUCCUAACCACUUUGCCCGCGAUUGCCAGGCUCAAGCCAUGAAGUGCUACGCGUGUGGCAAGCUCGGCCACAUUUCUCGCGACUGCACCGCUCCCAACGGCGGGCCCCUGAACACCGCUGGAAAGACUUGCUACCAGUGUGGUGAGGCUGGCCACAUCUCCCGUGACUGCCCGCAGAAGGCUGCCAGCGGCGAGAUCAACACCGAGGUUGACAUCAACAACGUCGCAGCUCCCGUGGCUCCUAUCGCUCCUGUCGCCUAA